GUGUUGCUAGGAUACGGCUAACUGUCUGUUGCUAGAAUACAGCUAAUCUCCCACCGGGGAUCCGUGAGUUUGAUUCCGUUAUCAACACUGGUUUUGACUGUUGAGUCAGUGCUCUCCAUUGUAUCAACGCUGAGCAGUGGGAUGGAGAUUGUCCAUGUGUACACGAAGCUCCACAGUGAGUUUGGCCGGCAGUGUCUCUUCUCUGACCGCCCUGCAGAGCUGUUGGUCGAUGUUCCCGCAGACCAGAGUUUGGCUUCACAGUUUACACAGAGAACCCGCCGAGACCAGAGCCUGCAGGCCUCCCGGGACAUGUCGGAGCACCGGGUGAACACCAAGCGCUUUGAGUCUGAGAGCUGUGGUCUAAACCACGAGGAAGGGGGGUGGCCCAAAGACGUGAACCAUCAGGUGAUGGAACAAACCAUCCGCUUCAGGAAGAAGGUGGAGAAAGAUGAGAGCUACAUCAACAGCAUCCUGCAGCUGGGCAGCGUCAUGGAGCACUGCAUCAGACAGAACAAUGCUGUGGACAUCUACCAGGACUGCUUUGAGGACGGGGAGAUGCCGGAGGAACAUCAGGAGCCGCCGUCUGCCAAGACCAUCAACGUCUUCAGAGAUCCUAACGAGCUAAAGCGUACAGUCACUGGCCUGUCGUGGCAUCCGGAUGGUGGGGAGAAGCUGGCGGCCGCCUAUUCCUGUCUUGAGUUCCAGAAAACCUCUAGAGACAUGAGCCUGGACUCCUACAUCUGGGACAUCGAAAAUCCAAACAGACCAGAGUUGAGUCUGAAGCCGGCAUCUCCACUGGUGUGUCUGGAGUACAACCCCAAAGACUGCCACUCUCUAGUGGGAGGCAGCUACAACGGACAGAUCGCGUACUGGGACAGUCGGAGAGGCAGCCAGCCAGUGGAGACAUCCUCUGUGGAGCAUAGUCACAGAGACCCGGUCUACAAGAUCAUCUGGCUCCAGUCCAAGACGGGGACAGACACUUUCUCUGCAUCUACUGAUGGACAGGUUCUUUGGUGGGACGUCCGUAAAUUAAGUGAGCCGACAGAGCGUCUGGUUCUGGACCCGAGCAGGGAGGGCAACCCUGAGCGAGCUUUAGGAGCCAUUUCUCUGGAUUUUGAGUCUACUAUGCCUACUAAAUUCAUGGUGGGGACAGAACAGGGCCUGGUUGUGUCCUGUAACCGGAAGGCAAAGACUCCCACAGAGAAGGUGGUUUGUACCUAUGAUGGACACCAGGGACCCGUCUAUGCUCUGCAAAGGAACCCUUUCUUCCCCAAAAACUUCCUCACUGUGGGGGACUGGACCGCCCGCAUCUGGUCCGAGGACAUCAAGGAGUCAUCCAUCAUGUGGACAAAGUAUCAGAUGUCCUAUCUGAUGGAUGCCUGCUGGAGUCCUGUCCGGCCCUCGGUCUUCUUCACCGUAAAGAUGGACGGCGUGUUGGACAUGUGGGACAUUUUGUUCAAACAGAAUGACCCCACGCUGAGUCUGAAGGUGUGUGACGAGGCUCUGUACAGCCUCCGUCUCCAGGACAACGGCCGGUUGGUGGCGUGCGGUUCUCAGCAGGGCGAAGCCACACUACUGGAGAUCUCCUCUGGACUGUCAACCCUCCAGAAGAACGAGAAGAGUCUGUUGGCUGCUAUGUUUGAGCGUGAGACCAAGCGAGAGAAGAUCCUGGAGGCCCGGCAGAGAGAGAUCCGUCUGAAGGAGAGGAGUCGUUCAGAGCAGAGCCGGUCCGAGGACGGGGGACGAGAGGACAUAGACCAGAGUCCACUUCAGCUGAUGGCCAGAGCCGAGGAAGACUUCUACGUCCUCACAGAGACAGAAAAGAAGGGGAAGGAGAGGGAGGACCAGGACCUCUCUUCAGAGCUCUGAGGACCGCUGUAAGAUUCUUUGGUGAAUUAACUCAGCAGAUCCAAUCUGGUUCGGGUUGUUUUUUCAUAACAAAUUAGAAAGAAUUUCCCAGUUUAUGUUUUAGGAGAUGUGAAGAGAAAGGAAGUUCAAAUACUGGAACAAAGCAAUGAGUAAAACACACGUUCAUUAUGUUUAACUCUUAUUUAAGGUUUUAAUAAAUUAAUUGUAAAAUC